AUGUCUAAGCCAAUGAAUCAGAACGCCGAAGAUGAGAUCUACGAGACUGAAAAUGACCAGUCCCGCGUGGAUCGAUCAUUCGCAGACAACUCAUACAUCACAGACGAGGACCUGGACCAGGGUGAACCGGUUCCCGUCCAAAGUGAUGAUGAACCGGUCGAAGAUCCCAUUAACCCAUACACUGCGGACACAAACCGGCAGCUAAGGCAAGAUGAUCGUGAAGCACUGGAUGAGUCCAAUAUUAUACGAGGGGAUCGUCUUCGGCAUACGAAACCAGUCACGGAGAAUAAGUACAACGAAGGGCCUGCAGAGUCGGAUAUUCCGGAAGUAUAG